AUGAAAAAAACAACCACUUUCAAUUACAGCUCUUCACAAACAAGCACCUCUUCCGGUGUUGGAGUUAACAUGAAUUUAUCAGAAUUUGGUAAAUUAUUAGGUGGCCAACAACCAACCCAACCAAAUUAUCAGCAACCACAACCAGUUCAACCAAUUUAUCAACAACCAAAUUACCAACAACCACCACAAUCGUAUCAAUACCCACCACAACAAUAUCAACAACCAAAUUAUCAGCAACCACAACCAUAUCAACCAGUUCAGCAACCAAAUUAUCAACAACCAGGAUAUCAAUAUCCACCACAACAAUAUCAGCAACCAAAUUAUCAGCAACCACAACCAUAUCAACCAGUUCAGCCAUAUCAGCAACCAAUUUAUCAACCAACUUAUCAGCAACCACCAGUUCAGCCAACUCAACCAAAAAAGCCAACUAAAGCUCCAACUCAACAACCAAAAACGUCAACUCAACCAAAUUAUCAGCAACCACCAGUUCAACCAUAUCAACAACCAAUUUAUCAACAGCCAACUGCAUUUACACCACAAGUCAGUAGUACCAGUGUUUUAGGUAAGCAAAUGAUUGAUGCAUGUAAGAAGAAUGCAUACACCAGUGACAAAUUAAAGACAAUUACCACUUAUGCUUCAUCACAAUGUUGUCCAAUCAGCGUUUCUGAGCUCAACACCAUUUUGAAAAUGUUCUCAUAUGUUUCUGACAAGUUGCAAGCAUUGUCAAUUUUGAGUAGCUCAAAUAAUAUUGGACCAAUGACCACUGCUCAAGCAGCUGAAAUAAUGAAAUCUGUUUCCUAUGUCAGUGAUAGAAUGAAAAUAUUGGAAUAUAUUGUGACCAGUAUUUAUGACAGAAAGCAAUCAACUGAAACAAUUACCAAAAUGUUUUCCUAUUCAUCAGAUCAACAAAAAGCCAGAGAGUUAUUGUUAAGUAAAUAA